GUGGAAUUAAACGCGGAAGAGGAAAGUCGUCUUAUAAAGAAAGAACUAUAGUAGCACUAAUUGAAAGGGAUAAUUCCUAUGGAAGUUAAAAAUUCCAACCCCUUGCCAUGGCUUCUCGUGGUUAUAGCCAUCUUCUGGAGCUGGCAACUUAAUGUGUUGGCUCUGCCGAAAGUCGAACCUCGCCAUGAAACCUGUAACAAUGAGCAGCGGUACGAAAACCAGGUGAUGUGCGAGGGUAAGGACUUUGGGGCUUUGGUACCCUAUCCGGAUAAUUGCAGUCUGUUCCUGGUCUGCGAUUGUCUCUAUCCCACGGUGAAAUUGUGCCCGGCGAAUCUCUGGUGGGAUAACCAGACCCAGCUCUGUAAUUACCCACAAGCUGUGGAGUGUAUUUACUAUUCGAUUGAAACGCCCGAGCCCACUGAUGGAACUACCCGAAUAACCCCACAGCCAACAACCAGUACUGAAAAGAUAACUACAGAAAGUACUACCAGAACUCCAGAAACAUCAUCAACUACCUCGAGUACCUAUCCAACUUCCAGUUGGGAUCCACCGCCAGUACCACCUGGAAUUGCGGAUGACUACUGUCGUGGCUACAAGGAUGGUUCAGUACAUCGUUAUCCCUAUGAUUGUCAGGCCUAUAUUAAUUGUACCAAUGGCUGGCCCGUUCUGAAUUAUUGUAUUGAAGACAAGGUGUUCAAUAAGUACCUGCUCAUUUGCGAUACUCCAGAUCAAGCGGAUUGCGAGGAGUUGCCACUACCCACAACCACCACUGAAAUUCCAACCACUUCGACCACCGAAGAGGAUGAUCAGACUUGCGGUCCAGUUCCAGAGGGAAUAGAGGAGGAUUACUGUGAGCCAAAGGGAAAUGGUUUCUAUGAGUACCCCUACAAUUGCAGUGGCUACUUGGCCUGCAAAAAUGGUUGCACUGAUUUGGACUACUGCCAGCCAGAUAAACUCUUUAAUACCUGGCUUCACAUUUGCGAUACACCCGAUUCAGUGUGGUGUGAUCCAAAGCCAGUUCCCACAACUCCAGGACCGACUGAAAAACCUUCGACUCCUUCAAUCACUACAACUCCUUCAACUCUCCCAUCUGAAGGAACAUCCACAACAGAAAGUUCCACCACCACAACAGAAGAGAUCAUAGCCACUACACCUGGACUUCCCUCAGAUGUUGAUCCAAAUGAUUGUAGAGGCCAACCUGAUGGUACCAUAUUCGCCUAUAUUGGCAAUUGUUCCGAAUACUUGCUUUGUCAAAACAAUCAAGUGCAAAUGGGUCGUUGUCCUACUCCACUGCUCUUCAAUCCCGACUGGCUUGUAUGCGAUGAUCCAGAUGAUGUAGUGUGCCUUGCAGAUCGCACCACCACAUCGACUACAACCACCGAACCGACGACAACCACUGAAAAAACCACUCCACCAACGACGACCACUACGGAAGCCACAACAUUGGGACCUGAUCAGAUGUGCGAGGCUCAAGAGUUGGGAACUUCUUUUCCUUAUGCUGAAGAUUGCAGCAAAUAUUAUCUUUGCUUGGGCAACGGAAAAUGGACUCUGGCACCCUGCAUAUACGCCAGCUAUUUCGAUCCCAAGACAGGCGAGUGUGGACCUGAUGUGUCACCCGAUGCUUGUAAGGCCCCACAGGUUACCACCACCACAACGACUACAGAGGCCACAACCACCGAAAGGACUACCACAACUAAGCCCACAACUCUGCAAACUUCAACCACUGAAAAGACAACCACAACUUUGGCACCAACCACGGGAAUUUGUGGAGGUCGAAGUGAGAACGAAAAUAUAGCUUAUCCCAAGGUUUGCAACAAGUACAUAGUGUGCGUCUCACCGAUUCCUAUAGCCUUCUUUUGUCCAGAUGACACAUUCUUCAGCUCGAAGUUACAGAAGUGCAUUGAUAGUUGGGAGGAGAGUGAUUGCGAAGGAGAUCAGGGCACCACUACUCCAGAACCGGGCUACACACGACCACCUCCGGAACCCACCAUGUGCACAAAUAGCAGUCGGGAUACUUUCCCAUAUCCAGAGAACUGCCAGUGGUUCAUACGUUGUGUGGAUGAGUAUAUUUACAUGAUGGACGUCUGCAAUUGUGGCGAGUAUUACGAUCCCAUAACUGGAAAAUGUGGAGUGGAUGUUCCAUCAGAUGCAUGCCGAUGGGAUUACGCUUCAACGACUUCAACUACCAGUGAGCCGACCACAACCACAGCGGUUACGAGACCACCGCCACAAAAGGGACCCUGUGAUGAUGUUGAUGAUGGUGCCUUGGUUUCCUAUCCCAACGACUGCUCCAAAUACAUAAAGUGCGACAGACCCAUUGCGGAGGCCUUUGAUUGCGAAAAGGGGGAUGAGUUUAGUGUGGAACUAGAAAAGUGUGUGGAUGCUUCGCUGGCUAACUGUUCGAUUAAAACGACGACGACUCCAGCUGGAGAUGAUUCAUCAUCGAGCACCACAGAGCCGACAACGGAAUCUUCCACCAUAUCCACAACAGUAUUGUCUACACUAUCUACGACUGAAUCGACAACAGAGUUAUCUACAGAAUCAUCGACAGAAUUAUCUACUGUAUCGACCACUGAGUCGACCACAGAAUCCUCGACUCAAGUUCCUACGGAAUCCACAACAAUUUCAACUACCUCCGAGCCAGAAUCUUCUUCAACAGAACCAGCAACAACUACAACAGGAGCUUCGACCACAGCAAAACCUGCAGAGGGAGUUUGUGAUGGCAAGACGGACGGCUCUUUGGUGCCUUAUCCUAGAAACUGCAGCAAGUAUAUAGAAUGCCAGUAUCCUAUACCCGUUGGAUUCGAUUGUGCCGAUGGCUUAGAGUUUAGUCCUACGGAACUGACAUGCAUGGAUCCCGAAUUAGCCGGUUGCAGUCCAAGGUCCACCACUCCUGGGUUAACAACGUUGACCACGGAAUCAACAACUCCCAAGACAACUACCACAGAGUCAACCACAGAUUCAACAACUUCUGAGACAUCUACGACAGAAUCAACAACUCCUAUUACAACUACUACAAUUUCAACAACAGUUUCAACAACUCCAAUAACAACAACCACAGAGUCAACAACAGUUUCAACAACUCCCAUAACAACAACCACAGAAUUAACAACAGUUUCAACAACGACAGAGUCAACAACAACUUCGGCGCCCCCAGUAACUCUCGAUCCAUACACCCCCAAUAUUUGUUGUGGCAAACCUCUGGGAACUCUGAUGGCAUAUCCCAAUGAUUGCAGACGUUACGUGGUAUGUGAUUAUCCCAUUCCAUAUGCGGUGGAUUGCGAUGAAGGAACUGUUUUCGAUGAGAAGCUUCUUGAGUGCACAGCACAGUCAAAUGAGAGGUGUCUAUUAUUUCAAUUUUAAAUGAUAUGUACUAAUAAAGA